GAAGUUGGCCCUGAAAGCUGGCGUCAGCCCUGAGGCUGUCCAAUCUGUCAAAGAUCAAGUUUCCCCAGAGCUGGCCAAAGGCAUGACGGAGAAGCAAAGAGCCGUGUACAAGUAUGCACGCGAACUUCAUUACACCAAGAGGGUGUCAGACCAGACGCACGCUGAUGCGCUCAAGGCGGUGGGCGCGGAGCGUGCACUCAUUGACCUUGUGUUCACCAUGGGCUUCUACCACCAAAUUUCAAUGACGCUGAAUGCGUUCAACGUCCCAUUGCCGGAGGGAGUCAUCCCGCCCUUCCAAGAGCCUGAGUAGUUCCGACCAGUCUUCAGAUCAUUCCAAGCACAAAGGAAUGCUUGCAGCACGGGGUUGCUUUUGGACGGUGCGUCGCAAAA